UUUCAACUAUUUAUGUCAUUCUUCAUUCAUUCCAUUUUCUACUAUCACACUCACUUCUCAUUUUCUUUGCAUUUUUCAACUUGAUUUCCAAUAUUCAUGGAGUUGCUUGUGAAACUCUUGUUUCCAUCAUUUCUCAUUCUUUCAGUCAUCACUGAUGGAACAACGGCUGAUACAAUGCUCACUGGAACUGUCAUCUGUGACCAAUGCAAAGAUGGCCAGAGAUCUCUUUUUGAUUAUCCUGUUAAUGGUGCAAAAGUAACUCUGUCAUGUAGUGACAGCAAUGGUCAAAUAACAAUGUCAAGAGAAGAAACAACAAACUGGUUUGGAAGUUAUACGAUGAGGUUUGACGGUGCACCGGAUUUAGGUGGUUGUUCUGCACAUGUCUCAGGAAGUAAUAGUGGACAGGGAGGAGGAUCAAUGAGUUGUAGUGAAGCUUCUGGUCCUGCUCAAAAUCCUAGACUCAUGUUUAGGAUGUUUGACAUGGAAAUGUAUGUUGUUGAUGCUCUUCUCGCUCAGCCUCCUCAACCUAUGCAAUACUGCUCAACAUCUUCCAAACCACCCCCAACACCAACUCUGCCAACACCAACAUUGCCACCACCGACAUUGGCGCCGCCGAUUUCUUCACCUCCUCAUUUCAACCUACCACCAAUGCCACCACUUCCGCCACUACUGCCAAUGCCGCAACUUCCACCGAUACCUCCAUUAGGUCCACUACCACCCAUGAUUUUUGUAGAAGCUUCAGCAUGUCCACCACAGACGUGGAUGAUGCCGGAAUACGAAUGCUACUGGAGGGGAGUCAACAGAGACACUAAAGUAGCAGUAGCUUUUGGAAUGGUUGCAGCAAGAAGAUAUGGUACAGACAUGACAUUGUGGUAUGGAUUGCAAGGGAGAGGAGAUCCUUAUAGGACUCUUUUAAGAGAAGGGAUAACUGCACUUCUUAACUCUUAUAACAGCAUUCAAUUCUCUUAUCAUCCACUUGGUGUAAUCCAACACAUGAAUUAUGCAUUGAUGGGAUCAACUAGGGAUGUUCUUGUUACUGCUUUACACUUCAUGAGGGCUAAUUCUGGUGAAGCUGGAAAUGUUACUUGCAAAUUCACUACUUGCAAUUAAUUCAUGCAUGCUAGAAUGUUAAUUUAAUGAUAUUAUAUAUAUAAGUUUUAUGUACUCUAUAAAGGAGAUUUGGUGUUGUAUAUAUGGUUUUGAAUAUGUAACAAAUGAGACAUAGUUAGUCCCAUUUUCAUAAUCAUACAUACAUUACUUAUUAUCUUAAA